AUGAUAUAUCCUUUUAUGGAAAUGCAGUCCAUUUUUUGUGGAGCAAGGUCAGAGGAGAAGCUAGUCAAGGCCAGCCGCGAUAUGUAUGACUGCGUCUACAUUUUCGUUUCUUCUACCAACACUGCAUUCCGAAUGCUCAACCAAUUUCUUGGAAGUAAAUUAGCCACAAUUACGGUACAGGAAAACCUUAGCAUCAAGGAAAUUUUUCAGCUUCUACAGAGUGCCCUGAAAGAGAUGCAGAUGCUAGUAGAGUUGAAAGACAAAGAUUUCCAGCAAAAAAUUGAAGUUCCUUUGUAUUCUAAACUUAUUCUGCCAGACCUUUCCACUGAUGAAAAAAUCAGGCUUGUAAAAGAUAUAUAUGGUCAAUAUAAUGGAGUUUUUGAAAAUAUCUGUGGUCCCAUUUGUGCUGUUAUAAUUAAGCAUGGUAAUUUCCCUGAAAUGCUUGAGACUGCUAUUCAGAAUUUAAUGAGUACGUCCGUGCCGUCUCUUCAAGUGAGUGAACUUCUCAUGACCAAAGAAGAAAUUGCUAAAGCACUUCCAGACUCCAAUCCCUGUUCAUCCCAAACUGCAUCACCAGUCAAACAGAAAACCCAUAGUUUUUCUGUUGUGCCCAGUUCUUUUUCAUUUACUAAAUUCAUGCGGAUAAUUCAUUGUAAACAAACAUCUAAGGAUUCAGUUCAGUUGGCUGCAGAACUCAUGGCAGAAGCUGUUCAGAUUUUGAAACCAACUUGUGAACAUUUCCAAAGAUCUAUUAAGAUGGCUGAAGAGUAUAUCACAUUGAUCAUUGACAAAAGGCAAUAA